AUGUUGAUAUUGAAUGUUGGUGUUAGCAGUAGAAGUUUUGAAAUUGGUAGUACUAGUGUUGGAGUUAAUAUGAGUAGUAAUAUUGAGGUUGGUGGCACUAGUGUUGGAGUUUUAAAUAAUAG